AUGGUGUCGGUGGCGUUUGGCAGCACCGUGGCGGUGGCCGUGGCGCCGACCUCGGGGAGGACGCGGCCGGCGCGGCGGUCUGUGCUGGCCGUGCCGCCCGCCGCCACCAGGGGCGGCCCGGCGCCGGCCAAGGAGGAGAAGGGGCUCGGCGAGAUCAUCUUAGGCUUCAUCUUCAAGAAGGACCAGCUGGUGGAGACGGACCCGCUCCUCAACAAGGUUGGCGGCGCGCCGGCCGCCGCCGCCUCCCGCGCCAAGCCGCCGCCGCGGGGCGCCGCUACCACCGCCGGCAAGAAGGCUGCCGGCGGCGACGAUGGCGGCAGCGGCGGCGGGUUCAACCUCGGCGCCCUCGGCGGGUUCUUCGCCAAGAAAAGCAGCUGA